AGCACCAACGUUAGAAUGAAGCUGCUCCUGAUGCUGGUUCUGCUCGGCUCUGCAGCCUGGGCCCAAGACUACGACGAUUAUGACACAGAAUCUAAAUGUGACCCUCAGAACAACACGGCGACGGUGGACGCUCGAGGUCACCGACCUUUGACCCGAGGACGAGAACUUUACCUGAGCAGCCGCUACAACCCCCCCCCCAUCAGCUCUGGAGGACGGUACAGUGGACGUCCAAGCACCACCACAGUGACCGGGCCACAGCAGCAGGAGAAGGUGGAGCAACCAGAGAGCGGAGGCUGCACCCACGCCAUGGACGAGAUGGGCGUGCUGUGUCCAAACGGCUGUGAGCUGAAAACGAUGCUCCAGAAACAAGAACGAAGCGUCAGAAUCAGCCUCAACAGUUUACGCCCCCAAGUGGAGGAACUGAGCCGAGAGUCCAACCAGGUCUUCAACUACGUGAAGAGCAUGUCCACCAACCUGAGGGAGCGGCAGAGGGUCAUCAACAACAACAAUGACGUGGUGGGGCAGUACACAGACCGGGUGGAGGAGCAGCACGCGUACAUCAAGGAGACAGUGGACACUCAUCUGCCCUCGACCAUCAGGGUCCUACAGGGCGUCCUGGACAAGGUCCGACUGAAGAUCCAAAAACUGGAGAAGGCCAUUCAGACCCAGACCCAGUCCUGCCAAGAGCCCUGCAAGACCAAGUGCCCCGUCCCCGUGGUGUCGGGUAAAGAGUGUGAGGACAUCUUCCGUCGUGGAGGUCUUGAGUCUCAGAUGUAUUUGGUUCGUCCAGAUCCUUCUUCUGCUCCGUACAGAGUUUACUGUGACCAGCAGACUCAAAAUGGAGGCUGGCUGGUGAUUCAGAACCGACUGGACGGUAGCGUGGACUUCGGCCGCCGUUGGGACGACUACAGGAAAGGUUUUGGGAAUAUCGCUUUGGACGUCGGCAAAGGACACUGCCAAACUCCAGGUGAAUACUGGCUUGGAAACGACAGAAUCAGUCAGAUCUCUAAAAUGGGACCCACUACGCUGCUGGUGGAGAUGGAGGACUGGAGCGGCACAAAGGUUUACGCUCAGUACCAACAUUUCACGGUUCAGUCCGACUCCACAAACUACAUGUUGGCCGUGGACGUCUACAGCGGCACCGCGGGGAACUGUCUCCUCGAAGGCUCCACCGAACUCAUCGGCAUCAACAGAACCAUGACCAUCCACAACGGCAUGAUGUUCAGCACCUACGACCGCGACAACGACAACUGGAAUCCCGGGGACCCGUCCAAACAGUGCUCGCGGGAGGACGGUGGCGGCUGGUGGUACAACCGCUGCCACUCGGCCAAUCCGAACGGGCGGUACUACAUGGGCGGGGCUUACACGAAACUGAUGGCGAAGCACGGUACGGACGACGGCAUGGUGUGGAUGAACUGGAAGGGCAGCUGGUACUCGCUCAAAGCCAUCAGCAUGAAGAUACGCCCGUUUUUCCAGUCCUGAUGAACGAGAAACAACACGGACACUGCAAGAAUCUAACCUACAGGAGUUAAAAUGAUAAAAGUCUGUCACCUGUUCGUCUCCAUGGAGAUGCUGUUGCUCUGUUAGCAUGUUACAAAGUGUGGCAUUAAACUGAACAGAGGUUUU